UCAUUUCUUGCCGAUCCAUCAACACGUUUGGAGACGAAUGGUGAUGGUGAAUUAAUACCGCAGCGAAGAGAACGCUAUGUUUUUAGACCAAUUUUAAUAAGAAUACUUGAAGGUUUUUUCGCACAAACACCAUUUCCUGAUUUAAAUCGACGAAUUGAGAUAGCUACCGCUUGUAAUCAAGCAUUGCAGAUCGACAAAAAAGGAGUCGGUCUGAUGCCUAAAGAAGUUGUCUCACCGCAAGUCGUAGCAAAUUGGUUUGCAAAUAAACGUAAAGAAUUACGGCGUCGAUCAAAUGAAGAGUUGAAUGAAGCGAAUAAUGCAAACUUUUCUUCCCAGAUGGUUUUUUCGUCGGAAGGAGCAUCGACACCAUCACCUGAUGCUAGUCAGUCAAAUACACCGAUGGAGAGCGAACGUAAUGAUGAACGUGCAGCAUCGGCUUCUGUUCCAAUAUCUGUGCCAGCAUUACGUCCAGAUAACUGUCCUAUAGCUAUCGAAACAAGUUUAUUUCAAUCGUUAAGGCCAUCAGCACUUAUUCAAUCAUUGACGCAACAAAAUUUAUCAAAUAUUGCUACAUCGAUAGACGAUUUAAUAUUACCUACAUCACCAACAACGGUGGCAACAACAUCAUCAAUGAUAUUAGGUGAUGAUGAUGGUUUAUUGUGUUCCGCAAGUGUUGAGCCAAGUACGGAAGUCGAAUCAUCGACGGAACAGUGCCUUGCUGAAAUUCAAACUCAGUUAGAUUUAGUAAACAAUUCAGUAUUAGCACUUGUUAAUCCAUAUUCUAAUAAUAUACAUAAUUCAGUCAUAAAGGUCGAGCAAACAGCUGAAUAA